AUGAUUAAAAAUAAUUCAUCAGUAUUACAUUUUAUUAAAUCGAGUAAUUUUGCAAAUACAUAUUUGAAUUCGCCAAUGACUGGAGAUAUAUCUAAAUCAUUCUUGAAUUUACUUAAUGAUAAAUCUUUAAUUAAUUCAUUUGAAUGUGAAAAUGAUACACCAUUAGGAGCUGGUGAAUAUUCAUUUCUUGUCUAUGGCGGACAAUAUUUAACUUUAUAUAAUAUUAAUGGUCAACUAUAUCGAAUACCUUGGAAUACAAAUAUUUAUGAUUCUAUUAAACAAAUUCGUUGGUCAUCAUAUUAUUGUUCGUAUUUGAUAAUGACUGCACGAUAUUUUUCACUUUUUAAUUUCUCUACAUAUGAAUUAUUACAAAUAAAAAAAACAUUUAAAUCUCAUGAACAGCUACAAUUUUUUACCUGUCAUCAAAUAGAUUUAUGGCUUGUAUGUUUAUUGAAUCUAAACAAAAAACAAAUACUUGUUCAUUAUGAUCUUUCAGAAUGGGAAUAUAGGAAAUCGAUUUCUUUAGAUAAAUUAGGUUUAUAUCGAACGGAUACAAUAUGUGCUAUUGAAAAUAAUCAAAAUGGACAAUGUUUAGCUUUAUUAAUAGCUGAAAGAAAUCAGAAUAUAACUGUUGGUAUUCAACGACGACGUCGACUUAUUCUUAUUUCAACAUAUACGAUGUCUCCAAUACGAGUGAUUUAUUUUAGUGGUGCCGAUGAUCUUUAUUGGACAAUCACAUCAGUACGAAAUCGACAAACUUCAAAAAAUGGAUGGUUACUUAGUAAAUAUUUUGAUAAUGAAUUAACUUUUAUUGAUAAUCAAUGUAAUUAUAUUAAAUAUAAAAAAGAAUUACGUAAUUUAGCUAUUACAAUCGAUGGACAUUAUCUAAUAUUAAGAACAAUUAAUAGUUUAGAUAUUUAUCAGAUCGAUUAA